AUGGCGGUCGUGUUAUCAUCUCCUAUAGUCUCUCCACUAGGAAUCAACAUAGACAUGAAUAAGAAUCUGGGUUUCUCGUAUUCUUCUUUCCCCAAAAUUCACGUCUUCAGGGUUUCUAGUCCACUGCGUAUUCGAAAAUCCGUCGCCACCGUCGUCUCGAGCCAUUCAGGCAGUGGUUUGGCAAGCGAGGAUAGGAAAUUGUUGCUGGAACGAUAUGGUUAUGAUGCAAAUGAGUUUUCGUCUCAAUCCAAGCCAAGAACAACUCAUAGGUUACUUCAGGUUCUUGCAGGAACGGCUAAACGAAAGAAAUUGCUUUCUCUUAAGGGAAUGGAUGUGAGACCUAUGAUGGAAGUUGUUAAAGGAGCUGCUUUUGGAAUUCUCCAGGCUGCUGGUGGUUGCCCAACAUCUCUACGUCCUGGUAGGUGGUUGGAUUUGUAUAGUGGUACAGGAUCUGUUGGAAUUGAAGCAAUCAGUCGAGGAUGUUCUGAGGCACACUUUGUUGAGAUGGAUCCUUGGGUUGUUUCAAAUGUUCUACAACCAAACUUGGAACACACUGGGUUUGUUGAUGCUUCGGUUAUACACACUGCUCGAGUUGAAAACUUCUUGGAACGUGCUGAUAAAUUAGUAGGUAAGGAUGGAGCAUUUGAUUAUAUCAGUGUUACACCGCCUUACAUGGAGGUUGAUUAUGAGGUUCUGAUGGAUCAGAUUUCUAAGUCGGCCGCAAUUGGGGAAAAUACAUUUAUUGUGGUUGAGUACCCUUCACGAACCACAAUGCUUGAUUCAUGUGGAUGCCUUGAAAAGAUGACUGAUCGAAGGUUUGGCCGGACACAUCUAGCCAUAUAUGGACCAAAAUGGGCUCAAAAGCCAAGAAAAUCUUAA